AUGUGUGUGUAUGUGUUCACAGAAGCAAGUGCUGCUGCUGCUGACGUGCUUGUACGUCACCUCUCCAUUCAAGCAUCCAGAUAUCCAUUCGUCCAUGCAUUCGUAGCUGAUGAGAGGCACCGAAGCAUUCAUGCAAUUCGAUUUUUAUGUGUAUUUCUGCUUUUUAAAAGGCUUCAUGUAGCAGAGUUUCUUCUUUCACUGUGGCCCUCAUCGCAUGGAGGACGUCAUUUGCCGUGCAUGGACAUGGCCCAGGCUGCGCAUCCGGAUAGCCAGCAACUGGGCUCCUAG